AUGGCUACUCCAGACAAUGCUGUGGCAGGGCCACAGCAGGAGACGCAGCCCGGAAUCCAUAUUUUAUAUCCUCCCAAAGACAAGCCAGUGGAAACAACGCUUGAAUGCAGUAUCGUCGCCGUACAUGGUUUGAUGGGAAGAUCGUUUAGUACCUGGACCGAUCCCAAAACUGGACACCUGUGGCUCCGAGAUUUCUUGCCGAAAGAUAUUCCAGCAGCUCGGAUCUCCUCCUUCGGAUACGAUGCUGAGGUUUUCGGGAGAAGUGUGUUGAAACUAGGAGACGUUGCAAAUAACCUUCUCGCGGCCAUCCGCUCGAUCCGAGAUGAAAAAGUAUUCUCACUGCAUGACGAAUGGUAG